AUGUCUAAGAUAAUUGAUUAAUCUGAUUAGAUAUCUCUAUUAGAACCAAACAAAGGAUUGUCAUUUGAUGAAAACCAAUGCCAUAAAACAUUCUUCUUUUCAUGGGUUUAUCCUAUAUUGAAGGUAAAACAUUAAUAAUACUUCAGAUAGGAAAAUCAAAACCUUUGACCUAAUUUGAUCUCAUAACAAUUGAUAAAAAAAGUAAUAUGAGUAGUUCAUACUAAAGAUUCAUAAAUGUGUUCAACAAAUCAAAUUUAACAUUAAGUUUAUUUAAAUCAUUUAGAAGUAAUAAAAAAAUUAAGAUAAUUAGAAUAAAUCUUCAUUUGCUUAAUAGCUUAUAUAAUGGUGGCAGCCUUAUAGUUAUGUCUUCCCAUUAUCUCAGCAAAAUCUUAAAAAUUUUUUAUGUAUGAUCAUCCAGAAGAAAAGCCUUUAACCUCUAAUAUGUUUUACUUUGCAAUUGUACAGCUCAUAUACAUGUUAUCACUAUCUUUAAUUAAGCCAUUUCAAUUAUUUUUUGCUUCUCUUGUAAGCAUAAAGAUUCAAGGAGCAUUACAAUAAGAAAUUUUGUAAAAAACACUUUAGUUCCCUAUUUCUCGAUCUCAACAUUAUUCAACUGGAGAACUUAUCAAUAUGUUAUAAGUUGAUAUUACUUAAACUUCAAAUUACUUUUAUAAUGCUAUUAUUUUAUAUGCAUGCCCAAUCUAGCUUGUAUGUGCUGGAAUAGUCUUUUAUGUAACUUUGGGUAAUUAGGCAUUAGUACCUGCUUUGGGAGCUAUUGUUUAAGCUUUUAUCGGACUGACUUUUGGUUACUUUUAUGGUAUUGUAUAAAAGAAAUAUAUGUUGGCAAAGGAUUUGAGAAUGAAGGCAGUAGAUGAAGCAUUAUUAUAUUCAAAAUAAGUUAAACUAAAUUAAUUAGAAGAUUUCUUUGAAUAACGAGUAUUAAAGUUAUUUUAUUAUUAUUAUAGAUUCAUGCUUAAAGAACCUAUGAACUUUAUCAUCUAAAAAACUAAGUUAUAAUGCUUAUUCUAAUAUAAUUGCUAUAAGGUUUGGUUGGUAUAUUUACUUGGGAGAUUUUAUUUUUUGUUAAUGACCCAAUUAAUUUUGCUAUUAUAUCAAUAAUGAUGCAAAAUUAUGAUAAUAUUGUAAGAAUUUUGGAAGAUUUACCAUCUUAAUUUAAAAAUUAUUCAAUGAGUAAGAAUUCUAUUGAUCGAAUUGAAAAUUUUUUGAAAUAAAGAGAAUGUAAUCCAUUAGAUUAUAUGAUUGAAUAAUCAAAUAUAGCAAUUGAUAUUUAGAAUUGUUCAUUUGAUUGGGAAACAAAUGAUUAAAUGAAUUAGGAAGUUGGAGAUGAAUAAAAUGAUCCAAUUCAAAAGAAUACAAGUAUUUUUAAUAUUAAUUUGAAUAUUUAAAUAAAUAAAGGUUAAUAUGUGGCUUUUGUUGGAAAGUAUUUUUAUUAAUAAAUCUAUAUAGUUCUGCAUCAGGUAAAUCUACAAUUCUGAGAUCCAUUUUAGGAGAAACACAUAAUCAAUAUGGAAAAAUCACAGUAAAUGGACGUAUAAGUGUUGCAACCUAAGAUCCUUGGAUUAUUAGUGGGACUAUAAAGAAGAAUAUUACUUUUAUGAAUGAAUUUGAUAGCAUGAAAUAUAAAUAAGUAAUAAAAUGUUGUGGAUUGGAAAGAGAUAUUGCAUCUUUUAAAAAUGGAGAUGAAACUAUAUUAGGUGAAAAAGGAGAUAAUCUAUCUGGAGGGCAAUAAAAGAGGAUUAAUUUAGCUAGAGCUGUUUAUAAUGAUGCAGAUAUAUAUUUAUUUGAUGAUCCGAUGAGUGCACUUGACAUUAAAGUUAAAUAUCAAAUAAAUUAAUAAUGUAUUUAAGGUUAUUUAAAAAACAAAACUCGUAUAAUAUUUACUAAUUCAUUAUCAAAUCUUUAGGAGUGUGAUAUGAUUUAUAUUGUUGAAGGUGGAAAAAUCAUUAAAUAAGGUAAAUUUGCUUAGAUUAUUGGUGUUGAAAAUAAUAAAUUAUUAUCUUAAAAAGAAAUAAUUGAUAUAUAAUUUGAAGAAAAGCAUUACACUCCAGAAUUAACAGAGAACCAAGAUUUAAAAUCAAGUUUGAUUUAAAAGGAAGAUUAAGAAAAAGGAUAAGUUUCAUAAGCAGUUCAAUCAUAAAUCUUCAGUUUUAUAGGAAGAUAUUGUGCAAUCCUUUGUGCAUUACUUUAUUUUGUUAUUGUUCUUGCUUGCUAGUUAUUUGGUAACUUCAUUAUGGCAUAGGAUGAUAUAACAGAUGAGGAGUAUAAAAUAUUAGCACAAACUUACUAUCCAUUUAUAUAAGCACCAAUUAUUGUUGCUAUGGUAUUAAUGAAAAGCUAUUAUUUAAUAAAAGGAUUGAGUACUUCAAAACUUAUUCAUGAUAAUGUUAUGAAUAGUUUAUUAAAUGCUUCUUACACUAAAUUUUAUAAUACUAUACUUAUAGGAAGAUUAAUGAAUAGAUUAAGUAAGGAUAUUUAUAGUAUUGAUUUAUUGUUUCCGAAUGAAAUUUAAAAUUUAACAUACUAAUGUACUUCUUUGUUAUUACCAUUAUUUGCAUGUUUUCUUUAUUUGAAUAUAGCAGCAUUACCUUUAUUAAUUCUAUUUUUCAUUAUUCUAUUAUAUUUGACUAUCAUUUAUUAUAGAUGUUUGAGAGAAAUUACAAGAAUAGAGGCUGUAUCUAAAAGCCCAGUUUUUUCUUUUUUUUAAUAAAUUGUAAGAGGAGUUACUUAUGUUAGAAGUUGUUUACCUAUUGAUAAAGUCAUAGCCUUAUAAUAAAAAAAUGUAGAUAUUGAUUUAGGAAAUCAAAUUAAUUUGUAUGGAUUUUAAUAUUGGUAUCAAUCUUUGGCAGGUUCAAUAACAAAUUGUUUUUAAGCAUUGUUAUUUAUAAUUUGUGUAAAUUUAUUAGUAUAAUGUAGUUUCUAUAUCCAGGAAAGACUUAAAAAAUGACAAACCUUGUGUUGCAAUAGAUGUAAACUGUUUCGACUUUACUUUUAAAUUCUUCAAUAUCUUAUGGAAACAUAUAGAUGUAUUUUAUCAGUUUUGAAAGAUGUUUGCAUUUAGCAAAGUAAAUAAUAUCAUUAAUUUUUAGUAAAAUAGAAUUAGAGGAAAAGAAUCAUCCAUUAAUAACUCCAUCUGAACAAGAUAAUUAAGAUAAAGAUAAAAUGGUUAAAACUGAUGUAGUUUUAAAACUUGAUAAUUGUACAUUUUAAUAUCGAUCUAAUUCAAAAAGUGUUCUAUAACAUAUUUCUCUAUAAUUGCAUAAAGGAGAAAAGGUAAUUAAUUAAUUUAAAGAUAAGAUUGGUGUAGUUGGAAGAACUGGAGCAGGGAAAAGUUCUAUCAUUUUAGCAUUGACUGCAAUUUUGGAAUAAAUUGAAGGAUAAAUUGAAAUUGAAGAUCAAAAUAUUAAUUCAUACUCUCUUAAUUAAUUGAGAUAAAAGUUUUCAAUUAUACCUUAAGAUCCUUUAAUAUUUAUGGGAACAUUAAGAGAAAAUUUAGACCCUUUGAAUCAAUUUAGUGAAGCUAAAAUUUUAGAAGUAGCUACAUAAUGUAGAUUAUUUGAAAUGCAAAGUUUCAAAAAAUAUGGAUUAUAAAGUGAAAUUGCUCUAUCAGGAAAUAAUUUAUCAUAAGGAGAGAAACAAUUACUAAACAUUACAAGAUGUGUUCUAGAAGAUAAAUAAAUAAUAUUAGUUGAUGAAGCAACUGCUAAUAUAGAUUAAAAUACAGAAGAACAUGUGAAAGAUGUAUUAUAUUAAAGAAAUAAAAUUCUUAGAUUUUCGAAAAAUGUUUUAAGAAUGCUGCAAUGUUGACUAUUGCCCAUAAAGUUACAACAAUUAUGAAUUCAGAUAAAAUAUUAGUAUUAAAUGAUGGAAAGAUUUCUGAAUUUGAUCAUCCACAGAAAUUACUGGCUGACCCAAAUAGUGAAUUUAAAUAAAUUAUAGAUCUUAUCAAUUAAUCAGAGUAAUUAUGA